AAUAAGUCGCCAGUUCCGCGUCAUUUUCAGCUCUGCUAUAUAAAGCAAAUCUUUUGGGAGCUGCCUUUCAUUUUCGAUCCACAGUUUCGUAGAUUGCGCUUCUUUGAUAAGUUUUGGUGGUGACGUCAUCCCCCUUUACGCACAGACUUGUUGAACGUUUGCUGAAUAUUGCUCCAGACAUUACAAACUAAUAAUGUCUACAAUAGCCAGCUACUUCAUAAUGACCUUUGUUUUACUUGGGACACUACACUGCCUGGCAGCCAACGAAGUGGAAUUCUUAGAAGCAGCGGAGUUGGAGCCUUUCGAAGACAAAGAACUCCUCCUCUCCGACUUGGACAGAAGAGGCUUCGCAGAUAAAAGAGGCUUCGCUGAUAAACGGGGCUUUGCUGACAAGAGGGGCUUCGCAGACAAAAGGGGAUUUGCAGACAAACGAGGGUUCGCAGACAAGAGGGGCUUCGCCGACAAGCGCGGGUACGGAGACUUCCGUGAGAUCAACCCACUUCUGUGGAAAUACAUGAGGCACAGCCAACACCAGCCGCUGGCCAUUGGUCAAAACUCUUUUAAACGUCUUUUGGCCCAACAAGGGAUUUUGGAUAAUUAAUUUUGUUAGGUGCAUAUUGUUUUCAGGAAAACGUUAAUUAAAAAUAUCUUACUAAUUGACAAUUAGAAACCAUGAUUUGUGUUUGUUAUUAAAAGCGUAUUGAAUAAAUUAUACACAUA